CAACUGGGCUGCCAGCAUGAUCAGCCUGGCCGAUUUCGGAACCAAGUCUAUAUGGGGAGCAGUUCGAUCGGAGGCCUGCCAGUUUCAAUUGAGCCGGCGACAGCAACAGUUCUCUCAUCGAUUUCGAAUCCGCUUUAAAAAUCCAAAAUACCAAUGGCAACUGCAACCAGCGGCAGUGGACUCCAUCUGGAGGCCAUCGAUCGCAUUGGCUCCAUUCCCCUGGUGGAAUCCAGUGUGAAGCGAGUGGAGACCAUCUACGACAAGGUCAAGAACAACAAUAGGCUCUUCUCCUGGUACUUCGAGACCGCAGAGGCCACCAUCUCGGCGGCAUACGAGACCAUCCAGCCGGCGGUGAAACUCUUCGAGCCCUCUAUUCAGCGCCUGGACAACGUGAUGUGUAAGAGCCUGGACAUCCUGGAGCAGCGCAUCCCGCUGGUCUAUCUGCCACCCGAAAUGAUGUACUGGAACACCAAGGAGUACAUGUCGGAUCACCUGGUGCGUCCGGUCCUGAAGCGCGCCGACUCCGUCAAGCUGAUCGGAAAUGCGGUUCUGGAGAGUCCACUGACAACCUAUGCCGCCGAUCGCAUUGAUGGAGCCUUCACAGCCGGCGACAAGUUCGUGGACAAGUACCUGGUGCCCAUUCAAACGGAUCAAACGGAUGUUCGAAAAUUGCUUUCGACCCUGGAUGGUCAUAUUACGCCGAUUCGACUACACUUAACCAGAAUGCUUGGGCAAAAAAGCCCGCAGGAGGAUGAUAACGAUACAGUACCGGACGAGCGGGGCGCCAUCAAGGCGAUCCACCACGGUCAACGCUUCUCCCGCAAGCUGAAGCGCCGUCUCACCCAAAGAACCAUCGCAGAGGCCCGCGCCCUCAAGAAACAGAGCAAGGAGGCUAUCCACGUGCUCAUCUAUGCCGCGGAGCUGAUUGCCACCGACCCCAAGCAGGCCGUUCAAAAGGCCAAGGAACUUUGGGUCUACCUCAGUGCAGAUGAGCCCGAGAAUCAGGCCAGACCCGCCACGCUGGAGCAGUUGAUAGUGCUCCUGACCCGCGAAUCGGUCAGGCGAGUGGUGCACCUGGUGAACUUCAGCGCCCAUAUGGCAGCCAACAUACCCAGAAACCUGGCACACACAACGACAGAGGUGGCCCACCAAAUCAUAUAUAUCAACCACCGCAUUAUCACAAUCUCCCGGCUGGAUAAGGUGAAGACCAUAUCCAAGGAGGAAGCUGAAUCUCUCUUCAAGCGAAUGCUGGCAUUCUACGGUAACCUGCAGGGUCUGACCAAUGCCUACCUGGAACGCGUGGCCAGCUUUCUAUCCGGACGCAUGGAAGCGGAGAAGGUGACGGGCAGCGAUAGCGCCAAUUCCAACCACAGGUCCUCGCGGAGAAGGCAGGAGUCGAACCAUUAUUCAGCCGCCCACAAUAACAUCAACGGCGUAUACUAGCAUUGAAUUCUUUAUUGCCAUCGUAUUCUUAUUUCUUAUGAUAGAGUUCUGUUUCUCCGUGCAUAUACGGAAAAUUCAGUAAGCGCUAUCGUGUAUCUUUUUUUACAAAAUGCACUUGCCAAUAAAUAUAAGCCCAUAAUCAUAUCUCA